AUGGAGGCUGAGAGAGCUGUAACUGGUGCAGCAAGACCUGCAGGGUCGCAGGAAAUCUGGGAUCUUGCUGAGUUCCGGAAGUGUAAUCCUCCACAGUUUGCAGGAGAUGCAGAUCCAGAGGUAGCUGACCGCUGGAUCCGUGAGCUAGAGAAGAUCUUUACUGUCCUAGGAUGUCCUUCAGAGAGGAGGUUAGCUUAUGCUGUGUAUAUGCUUGUUGGGGAGGCUGAACAUUGGUGGAGAGGCACCUAUCAGAUGCUUGCUGCCAGUGGAGCUACAGUUGACUGGGAAUGCUUCAGAACAAUGUUCAUGGAGAAGUACUUCCCUGAGAGCGUGAGGCAUGCUAAGGAGGUUGAGUUUAUGAGGUUACACCAGGGAGGGAUGGCAGUUUCUGAGUAUGCGAUGAAAUUCGAGCACUUGGCUCAUUUUUAUUCGCACGGUAUAGCUGAGGCCUGGAAAUGCAGGAAGUUUGCUGAUGGCUUGAGAUAUGAGAUGAAGAGGGUUUUUAGGACCUAG